AACAGCCCCAGGUGGCGAGGCGGCUGGGGAGCCGAGAGCGCACCGAGAGCGCAGCGCGACUCCGGCUGAAUGCCAUUUGCUGGUCGCAGGUGUCAAGGAGGAACUCGGGCGGGGAGGGAGAGGACACGGAACUGGAUCGCCGUCUGCAGAGGGGAGCGGGCUUGCGCUCCCGGGACUCGGCAAGGAAGGGCGCGGAGUCCCGGGGAGGCUCCGGGCCGCCCCAAAAGGCGUCUGCCUGCGCGCCCCUCUCUCUCUGCUUAUCGUGAUGCCGGAGGGUGACAUGGCAAAGCCACUCCUCGGCCGACAAAAUGUGGAAAGUAAUGCAAGCCUCAUCGCAGCCACUGGUAACACGACAGUGGGGAUCCUGGGCAGUGGUGACUUUGCACGCUCCUUGUCUAUGCGCCUGGUGUGCUCAGGUUUCAAAGUGGUGAUUGGAAGCCGGAACCCAAAGCGCAAUGCCACCCUCUUUCCAUCAGCAGCUGAAGUAACUUUCCAGGCAGAUGCUAUAAAGAAGACAGAUAUUAUCUUUGUGGCGGUUUUCAGAGAACAUUACACCACACUCUGCGACCUCAGCGAUGAGCUGUCUGGCAAAAUCCUGGUGGAUGUCAGCAACAACGAUGAAAUCAACCAUCACAAAGAAUCAAAUGCUGAGUAUUUGGCGUCACUUUUCCCAUCAUGCACUGUUGUCAAAGGAUUUAACGUCAUCUCAGCGUGGACGUUACAGUCAGGCCCAAGGGACGGGAAUAAGCAGGUCUUCAUAUGCUCCAACAACCAAGAAGCCAAGCGUGCCAUUGCUGAAAUUGCUCACAUGCUGGGGUUCACCCCGGUGGACAUGGGCUCCUUGUGCUCAGCUCGUGAGAUUGAGAAUAUUCCGCUGCGGCUUCUCCCUGCCUGGAAGAUCCCCGUCUUCUUGGCCCUGGGUCUCUUUCUCUGCUUCUACACAUACAACUUCAUCCGGCAAGUUUUGCACCCUUACAUCCGGGAGCAAAAGAACAAGUUUUACAAGAUCCCUGUGGAGGUCGUCAACACCACGUUGCCUUGCGUCGCCUACGUCAUGCUAUCCCUCGUCUACCUGCCUGGAGUGCUGGCGGCCAUUUUCCAGCUCUACCGCUGCACAAAGUAUAGGCGGUUCCCUGACUGGCUUGACCAGUGGCUGCAGCACAGGAAGCAGAUAGGUCUGCUAAGCUUUUUCUGUGCAGCGCUGCACGCUGUGUACAGCUUGUGCCUACCCAUGCGGCGAUCCCAUCGUUACUCGUUGCUCAGAGAUGCUGUCAGUCAGGUAGAGAAGAAAACAGAUCCAUGGGUAGAGGAGGAAGUCUGGAGGAUGGAGAUGUACAUCUCGUUUGGCAUCAUGGCCUUGGGCUUGCUGUCCUUGCUUGCCAUAACCUCACUUCCUUCCAUCUCCAACUCUCUCAACUGGAGAGAAUUCAGUUUCAUUCAGUCCUCCCUUGGCUUUGUCGCUCUGGUGAUCAGCACUCUGCACACCCUGACUUACGGCUGGACCAGGGCCUUUGAUGAAAGCCAGUACAAGUUCUACCUGCCUCCCACCUUUACUCUCACGCUGCUGGUACCAUGUUCUGUGAUCCUGGCCAAACUCUUCUUCCAGCUCCCUUGUAUGAACCAAAGACUGCGGCGCAUCAGGAACGGGUGGGAGAGGGGCAGGUAUGUCAAGUUCACCUUGCCCAGAGCAUCGGGGGAAUUUUCAAGUGGAGAAACCAGCAGCACUGUGUGAUCCAGCAUCUCUCUCUCUCUUCCAUCAUGACAAGUUCUCAAAGAGCACUAUGAAGAUUCUGGGGGUUUCUUAAUAUAGUUUUUGUUUGUUUUUUGAAGCUUGUAAGCUUGGUAUUAUUGAAUGGUGGUGAUAAUUAUCAUCUUAUUUCAGGCACUUAAGGAAGGAAUGUUACCAGUGUUUUAGAAUAUACUGGUAAUUCUGGGGGUGGGGAGAGUGGUUGCCUUAAAACUUAAAUCUUUUGGGGGGUGUUUAAUGCGGCGGGGGAGAGACGUUACCAAUGUAUCUGGCUUACACCGCAGUAUUUGGAAUAUAUUGGUAAUUAUGUAAGGCAGGGGUGGCCAACAUGGUGCCCCUCCCAGAAGUUUUAGACUACAACUUCCAUCAGUCCUGACUAUUGCCUAGCCUGUCACUGAUAGGACUUGCAGUCCGCAACACACAGAGGGGCCCAUGUUGGCUAACCCUGGUGUAGGGGGUGCAGAAUGGUUGCCUUAAAACCUCAGUGCACAAUUUUAGUUGCACAGUUUAAUGAUGCAUAGGAAAAUAGAAUCACUCUGCAGAUGCAUUCAACAAAGGGGUGGGACACAGCGUUUUCUGAGCACCUGGCAAAUGGUUUCUAUCUUUUUUAAGCCAGCAUUCCUGCAUGAUCACACAGAGCACAUGAUCAGUCCACCCGUAAACCAAAGUGGCAACUCUGGAAGGGCCUAUUGUCCGAUAACAAAUGGUGUAAAAAAAAAAAUACUCUAGGUCAGAUUGGAAGUACGUUUAUUACACAGCUGCCAUUAAAACAGCAACCACAUGUUUAUAAAUCCCUCCUCCCCUUCUGUAGAUCUCGAUAGAAACUACCUGUGCCCCAAUGCCACAGCCUGUGCAUUUGCCCACCCGACAUAAUGGUCUGAAGCUGACGGGACAAAACCAAAAAGUGUCAUUGGUUGUUGCAGAGGAAGAACUAAGCGUGAAACUGCCACACAUUUAAAUGCAGUUCCAGCCUCACUUUUCCUUUGCAUGGGCCAAAUUCACACAUUACUACUUAUGUAUUUGUUACAUUUAUAUAACACCUUUCUGCCAAGGAGCCCGAGUCAAUUUAUGUUUUUUUAAAUAUUGAACAAAUAAAUGAUGCAAAAUGUAAA